GCGACCUCCAUGGCGGGUAAACAAACAGUCAGCAGGGGUCCGGGGGAGAACUGCGCUGAUCCACGCACCACGCCAUGUCCAGCCCGAGCCGCCGGCGCACCGCGAAGAAGGCGAUCCUGGGGCGCCGCUGCUUCUGCCGGGGCUCCGGCUCCGGCGACCAGGCCGGCGUCCACCGCUUCCCGCCCGCGUGGCGCGAGCUGUGGCUCAGCGGCGAGCUGGCGGACGCCACGCUAGCCAGCAGCGACGGCGCCAAGUUCCGCGUGCACCGCGUCAUCCUGUCGGCCGUCAGCCCCUACUUCCGCCUCGUCUUCACCAACACCAUCGACGGGAAGCAGAGUCUGGACCGCGAGAAGUCCGUCGACCUGCCGGGCCGACUGCUGGAGAUCCUGCUGGAGCACGCGUACACGGGCGCGUGCCGCGUGGCCGCUGACAACGUGCAGGAGCUGCUGCCCGCCGCCGACCGCUACAGCUUCGGCGAGGUGGUGCAGCGCUGCUGCCACUUCCUGCUGCGCGAGCUCACGCCCGCCAACUGCCUGGGCGUGCUGCGGUUCGCGCGCCACUACUUCUGCCGCAACCUGGAGCAGACCGGCGACAGGUUCGUGAAGGUGAACUUCAAGCGCAUAGCCGAGGAGAGCUCCGAGUGGUGCGAGAUGCAGGUGGAAGAACUGGAGCGCCUGCUGAGCGACGACGAGCUCAACGUCGCCGACGAGGCGGUGGUGUUCCGCGCCGUCACGCGCUGGGUGGACGCCGACCCGGAGUCGCGCGCGCCCUUGCUGCCGCGCCUCUUGCUGUGCGUGCGCUACGGCUUCUUCGACCUGGACUCUUUCACCGAGAUUGUGCUCCGGUGCAAGUACGUCGAGCAGAGCCCGGACCUGCAACGCCUCGUGGAGGAGCCGACGGUCUUCCUGACGCAGAUGGCGACCAGCAACGCCACGGAGCUCGAUCUAAAGCCGCACUUCUGCAGGCCGCGCAUCCCGUACGAGGUGCUGUUCGCCGUUGGCGGCUGGAGCUCCGGCAGCCCCACCAACUUCAUCGAGACCUACGACCCGAGAUCGCAGCGCUGGUUCCUGUCGCAGCACACGGACAGCCUGCCACGCUCCUACCACGGCAUGUGCGCGCUCGAAAACCUCAUCUACGUGGUGGGCGGUUUCGAUGGCCACGAGCACUUCAACUCGGUGCGCUGCUUCAACCCGGCCACCUCCGAGUGGCAGGAGCGCGCCUGCAUGUACAACGCGCGCUGCUACGUCAGCGUCUGCGCGCUAGACGGGCUUGUCUACGCCCUGGGCGGCUACAACGGGCGCAUGCGCCUCAGCUCGUGCGAGAGGUACUACCCGCAGUACAACCAGUGGCAGAUGAUCCCUCCCAUGCACAGGCAGCGCUCCGACGCCAGCGCCGCCGUGCUCGGCGGCAAGAUCUACAUCGCGGGCGGCUUCAACGGCACCGAGGUGCUGUCGUCGGCGGAGAUGUUCGACCCGGUGAGCAUGCAGUGGACGCUCAUCGCGGCGCUGAGCCAACCCCGCUCGGGCAUCAGCGUCAUCGCGUACGAGGACCGCCUGUACGCCAUGGGCGGCUUCGACGGCGUCACCCGCCUCAACUCCGUGGAGUGCCUGACGCCGUCGCUGCAGUUCCCCGCCUGGCACGAGAUCACGCCCAUGAUCACGCCGCGCAGCAACUUCGCCUGCGCGGUGCUCGAGGACGCCAUCUUCGUCGUCGGCGGGUUCAACGGCACGACGACGGUGCCGCACGUGGAGAGCUUCGACUCGAGGGGCGGCCAGUGGCGGCCGCGCGCGCCCAUGAACCUCAACCGCAGCGCGCUGACGGCGUGCGUGCUGAGCGGGCUGCCCAACUGCAGGGAGUUCUCGUACCUGUCCAAGGUGUCGCAGCUGGGGCAGGGCUGCUCCUGCGACCAGCCGUCCGCCUGA